AUGAUCGCUCUGCUGACCGGAGCGAACGUGGCCAGAGCCAACCUGGCACUCCGAUGCGCGCAGCUCCUGUGUUGUCUGCUGGGCUUGGCCUUCGUCGCCGCGGGGGGCAUCACCUUCCACUCGUCCAACUUCGUGCUGCUCAUGAACUACACCGGUAUGCUGUACACUCUGUGGUUCGUCGGGGCCGUGGAGAUCUUCAACUUCUCCACUCGACUGUCGACGCGCGUCGAGCAGGGGAUCGACGCUGUGCUCGCCUUCGUGCUGCUCAUCGGCGGCAUCUGCCUCGCUGCGUCCGACUACCUCGAGUACUGCGAGCUGGUGUGGCACUGCCACAACCUCAAGGCCUCGGUCGCCUUCACGUUCCUCGCCGUGUUCGGCUUCAUCGCGACGUUGACGCUGUCGAUCCUCACGACGAGCAAGGAACCGUCCGGCCCGACAGAAGUGCCCGGCCAGUAUCACCUCGAAAUGACGCCCACCGGCGCACUGUCUCCGAUCGAAGGGGUCAACUCGCCCGGCGCCAAGGUGUAG